AUGGGUUACGUCAUACGUCGUUCAGGUGUGAGUUCGAGACGAUUACCUUUGAACGAUACCAUAGCAAAAGAAGCGUCUGACUACUGGAAAUGCCUCAAUCGUACGACCAAAGCAAGUCCCUACUGGUUCACUUUUGAUAGGUACGUGAUGUUACUCGAAGACGACGCCCUUGUCGUUCCGGAGUUUGCCAGCAUGAUGACAUCGUUGAUGAGACAACUGGACCGCAGACCGCACAUUGAUUAUGUCAAACUGUAUCAUCCCAAUCAACUACGGAAAAUCCCGUCCAUUCCAAUGGUAUUUAAACUUUUGCAAGUGUCUCGGCUUCUUUCUCUUGUGAUUUUAAUUGUUCUACUUUUAGGCUAUAGCUUUAUCGCUAUUUAUUUGCUUUAUUUAUCAAUUUUUCUGGCCGAUGUACGUUAUGCUAUCUCAAAGUCGGUCUACAUGAGCGCCAGUGAAUCUUGCUGUACGCCGGCUGUGAUUUUCCGAACCAAGAAAAUCUCUGAAAUUGUUUCGAAGCUGUCGGUGGAAUCCAGAAAACGUGCUUUCCUCGGUCAUGCGAAGGACCAUAUCUUAGACGAAUCGGAGUUCGUUGGACGCCAAACUGACACCAAUUUGGUGGUCCAUAUUGGAGCGGUUAGUUCAGUACGGAAGCGAUGGAUUACCCUCAAUGAAGUGCUCGCAGCAAGAAAUCGUGAUCACUAG